UUAUGUAACAAACCCUUUUAAAAACAUUUUCAAAUAAUUUUCGUCAAGUAUGUUAUUUGUGAAAUUUUUAUUUUAAACUUAAUAUUAAUAACCGUGUCGUCAUGAGGGAAACUGUCGGUGGUUUUUCGGAAUCUGGAAGAUAUUAUACUGAAAUCAGUGGUAAUGGAAAGAUCAACGUUUGGGAUACUAAUGCUGGUGAUUUGCGGCACACAUAUUCUCCAAGUGGACAUUUGAAUUCUUCUGUCACUUGUGUCAAAUGGAUCCAAGUAGACAAUACUGAUUUAUUGUGCAUUGGUACUCAGAAAGGUUAUGUUGAAUUUUAUAAUGUUGCUAGUGGAAGUAUCCAGUCUAAAAUCAAUACUCAUUCAAAAUCUAUCAAGAGUAUUUAUCGUUUGGGUCAACACUUAUAUAUUGGUUCAGAUGAUGGUCAUGUUGCUCAGUUUGAUUUGAAGAACAACAAGCUAGAAGUAAAAAAGAAAAUAAGUAAAAUGUGUGCAUUAGCUAUGCUGCCUGAUGGAAGGUUGCUGACAGCAUUAAGGGAAAUAAAAUUGUGGAACUUUCCAUCUGGUGAGAUGAUUCAUAAGUUUACUGGUCAUAAAAAUGAAAUUCGCUCACUACACAUCAUUGAAGGUGAUAAAUGUUAUCUGUUAAGUUCUGCCAGAGACCGGUUUAUAAAUAUAUGGUCUCUAAGCGACUUAAAACCAGAUCCAUUAGCUUCAUUAGUUGCAGACGAUAAUAUUUCUUUUGUAUAUGUUCAUAACCAACGCAACAAUAUUACAGUGACAAUUACAACUGAAAGUGGUACAUUGCAUGUGUAUGAACAUGUACUAAAUGGUUGUAUUUCACAUCCACUUAAACCUCACGGAACACUUCAAAUAGCUGUGGAUAAUACAAAAGAUGUAGAAACUGUACAAAUGCCAAUUUUAUGUACUAAAGUUUAUGAUUCUAGAGUAUAUAUAGUUUAUGGCACCCGGCCAUUCUUAGCAUUUGAAAAUAUUAACUUAAAAAAGUUAAAUAAAUGUACAUUUAUAGCAAGACAAGACCCAAGAAAAUUAAAAUCAUUUGUGGGAAGCCAUAUUGUUAAUCCAAAUAUUGUAGAUGCUAAAUGUAUUGAAAUGAAAAAUAAUAGAUCAUCAAAUCUACCACUUGAAACAAGACUUCAAAAUAUGUCUGAAGAAAUUGAAAAUACAGUUCAGACCAAGGGUGAAAGUAUUGUACAUUUGUUAAUUCAAGGUCUUCGUAGCAACGAUAAACAUCUUUUAGAGUCUGCCUUAUUUGUUAAAGAUGACCGAACUAUUGAUAAUACUGUAUCACAUCUACCAUUACAGUCUAUUGUUAUGCUUAUUCGUAAGCUUAUACGCCUAUCACAGGACCGAACUUUAGUGAGUUCUGUAAGUAUAAGAUGGUUAUCUGCUCUGUUGAGAAUACAUGCAUCUUUGCUAUUAGCUAAUCCAGAUGUUCUAGAAACAUUUUUACCCCUAGAAAAUGUCUUGAAUAUAAGGUUAAAUAAUUUUGAAAAACUUGGUUUGUUAGAGUUUAAACUUAAAGCAUUAGUAGACAGGUUAAACUUUGAUAAACAAGAUAAAGAAAAAGAACAAGAUGCCCUAUUAGUGUUUAACGAUUCAGAUGAUGAAGAUAAAAAAACAUUUGAAGAGUCUUUAUUAACAUUUAAUGAAUCUGAAGAUGAAGAUCUAAACACAACAGAUGAAGAAGAAGCAAUGGAUAUAGAAAUAAAUGGUGAUGAUCCUCCUUGUAUUUAAUAUAAAUAAAACAUUAAUAUACCUAGGUUAA